AAGAAACCCACACCUUAUACCCCCCCUUCUUCAUAUCUUUACUGUCCUCCUUGCCUAUACCCACCACCCACACCCAUACCCACUUGAACUACACUCACCACACCACACCCCUCACUACCACUCAGCGAAAAGAAACCAAAAUGCCCAAACGACCCACCAACACCCCCCGAAGAAGAGACCGAGAACGAGACCGAGACUCAACCCCCCCUCUCCCCCCCUACGAACCCCCGACCAGCACCCUAACAACCCUAUCGCACCAACCCACCACCGCACCCGCCCUCUCCGCCCUCCUCGCAACACACACCUCCUCAACCCUGAAAACACAUCUCCAGCACGCGCAGGAGAAACUCACCGAUGCGGCGGGGGAGAUCAACGAGCGGUUAACGGAUGCGAAGGAACGGAGUAAGAAGGCCAAGGAGAGGAAAAGAAAUCUACGCUCUCAUACCUUCGGAUAUAAUAAUGGAGAGGGGGAGGAGGAUGGAAGUGAGGAAGAGGAGGAGGAAGAGGAGGGUGGGAUAGAAGAGUUCGAAGAGCGAGUGCAAGCGACGACGAAGAUCCUGGAGGAGACGAUCCGAGGGGUUAUUGAUAAGGAGGUUAGGGGGGAGGAAGUUGGACGGGUUAUUGCGGGGUUGGAGGGGGGCGUUGUUGAGCGGAUGAGGGUUCGGGGGGUGAGGAGGAGUCAGAGGGGGGUGCAGUUGAGGAGGAGGAGGAGGAGGGUGAGGGGUGAUGAGGAGGAUGGUAGUGAGGAGGAAGAAGAGGGUGGGGAAGAGGAGGGUGUGGAUGUAGAUGAGGAUGAAGAGGGUGCGGUGCCGUUCCUGGCGCAGUUCGAGGGAGAAUUACAGGGCAAGAUGGAGGAGUAUAAUGGGAUGAGUUUGACGAGACGCUACACAACCAACAACUCCUACAUCGGCUUCUACAAAAUCAUCCACGAAGCGAAACACAUCGGCGACGAGAUCCCUCCUCCACCUCACCCAUCAACAUGGUUCUCUCAUCUCGAAGAUCAUCAUCCCCAUUCACAACCUCCAUCCCACCACCAUCCAUCUACCACAUCCACUACCACCACCACCAAUUCCAGAAAACCCACUCGCUCCCGCCCCCAACCAUCUCCCUCUGCCUCGGAAGAUAAUGAUGACGACGACGAAAUCGCCAUCCAAACCGAACGCAUCUCCCUAAAAUGUCCCCUCACCCUCCUCCCCUUCCGCGACCCCGUCAGCAGCACGAAAUGCCCACACAGUUUCGAGCGCGAGGCGAUAUUCACCAUGAUCGGCGGGAGUAAUCAGAUGGUGCCUGAUCCGCGGGGAUCAUCUGGAUCAGGUUCUGGAUCUGGAGGAGGUGGUGGUGGUGGAGGGAGAGCGAGGAAGCGCGUGCGCAGCGUCAAGUGUCCGGUGUGCGAGGUGCAGUUGACGGAGUUUGAUCUGCGGAGUGAUCCUGUGUUGGUGAGACGGGUGAAGAGGGCGGAGAUGGCGGAGUUGAGGGAGAGGGAGAGGGAGAUGUUGGGGGAGAGUCAGGAUCAGGAUGGUGAUGGUGAUCAGGAUGAGGUGGGGGGUGGGGGUGGGGGGAAGAGGAAGAGGAGUGGGAGGAGGGGGAGUGCGGUUGAGGUUGAUGAUGGGGAUGAUGAUGAUGGUGAGAGUGGUGAUGAUGAUGGGGAGGAGAGGAUUAGAGUUAAGAGGGAGAGGGGGAUGUCUGUUGCUGCGGCUGCUGCUGCUGCUAGGAUUAAGCAGGAGAGGGCGGAGUCGAUGGUCGAUGUUGAGGAAGUUGAUUUGGAUGGAGAGGAAGAAGGGGAAGGGUAUGAUUCUAUGUAUGAUGAGUGA